AUUGCAUGUUGUUGAUAAAAAAAAAAUUAUUUAGAAAAUGAGUUCUUGUUUUAUACAAUCAGAAACUUCAGAGCUCUUGCCCCAGAUCGAAGCAUCUCUAACCGGAAGCAAAAUCCUUUACGCCAAUAUCUAUGACCCAGUGAUGGAUAUGAUCCAAAACCCCGGCAAAUUUGGGUUUGAAGAGACGAAGAGAGGAUGUUGUGGAACAGGGUUCUUGGAUACGAGCUUCACGUGUAAUGCUUUCUCUCCGACGUGUGGGAAUCGGUCGGAGUUUUUGUUCUUUGACUCGAUUCAUCCAUCGGAAGCUACCUGUAAUAUCAUAGGCGAUAUUCUGGAUCCUCAGAUUCGUGGGAGGUUUCAGGCUUAAGUCAUCACAAUGUUAUAUGUUGUUUCUUAAUUGCGACAAUUAGUGGACUUUGUUUACUAAUCAA